AUGAUAAAUCUAAGAAUCCUGUUGUUGAAAUAUCUGCAUGGUACCACAGAAGAUUCCGGCCAACCUGCUGGGACUGGGCAAGAACAAGAUCAGGGGCAGCAACAAGCUGGUGAAGACAUCCAAUGGGUGGAAGAGUCUGGACAACCAGCUGCAGAUGCUGCUCAGGUAGCAGGAGAAGAAGGCACAGACAAACAAAAAGAACCAUCUGAAAAUAUCCCCAAAACAGGUGAUGAUGAAGUUACAGGGGACGGUCAGCAGGCACAGCCUGAUGCAGACACUACUACUGAAGACCAGGCACCAAAGCCUGAGGAGAGUGCCGCUGAAGAAAGUGCUCAGGAACAGCAAGUGGACAGCAGUGAACAGCCAGAGGCAGCAACUGCAGGUGAGCAGCCAUCUGAUGACACUGCUGGCAAGGAGGCCGAUGCUGGGCAGACCGCUGACCAGGAGAAACAGCCAGAGGACACACCAACAGAGGGCAGUGAACAGCAAGCAAAGCCAGAAGAAACAUCGGGAGAGGCUAGUGAACAGCAAGCACAGCCAAAGGAGACCACAGGAGAUACUAGCGAGCCGCAAGCACAGCCUGAGGAAGCUACAGGAAACAGCAGUGAACAGCAGGCUGCACAAGAGGAAGCAGCAAAAGAUAGCAGCAAGCCACAGGAACAGCCUGAAGUUGUAGACGGACCCAAGGAUGGCGAAGCCACUGCAUUGCCAAAAUCUGAUGCAUUUCCAAUGCACUUUGUCAUGAAGUCUUGA